AUGAUUACUAUUGGAGUUUUAAAUAAAAUAGUUACGCCUAAGUGCCACAUUAGAUGUUGGUUUGGUCCUUCUGGUUCCAGAGUAGCUGGUGAGCGCUUUUAUUCACUACUUCCUCCAAAAUCUAAAUUACAUUCAAGAACCGCGGAUGAACAUCUAUCAGGGGGAAAUAAUUUUUUAGUUCUAAAACCCCAACAGACUGGUAUGUUAAACCCCCGGCCUACCCCAUCUUAUUUUAAAAAUGUACCCCAGAAAUUAAGUGUUCUACAUGGCGUUGAGAUGGAGACUAGUUACCAGAUACCGCAUAGUGGAGCAAAAAACACUAAAAAGAGAAAGAGUGGACAGAAGUCAUUUGAUGUACUAGAAGAAAUUGAAAGUCAGAGGGCUACGUUAAUGGUUUACAAGAGCUCUGUAUCAAAAGAACAGGUUAUGAAAUCAAUAUAUGAUUUGAAGCCAGCUGAUUCUGCAUUGGAAAUGUCUAAGAAGAGAUAUGAGCAACUCCGUAAUUCUCUGACAGAAGCUUACUCAGUACAGCAGUUGAAUCAAUAUUGCAAGAAAUACUAUCAUUACUCGCCCCGGAUUCCGAAGAAGCAAUUGGUAACAUUGAUAUUGGAUGAGUUUUGGCAAUGCAAGGUGAAUGAAUCAAUCGAAGAGACCGAAGAUCUCAUUGUAGAGCAUGUGAUUGACAUUCAGAAACGAGAUAUGCAUCUACUUCUAAUGACUGAUAAUGGUAAGAUCCUACAGAAUCUAGCAAGACUGGGUGCCACUAUUACAGUUGCUGUAGUUGAAAACAAACUUGUAGUGCGUGCCACGAAGCCAAUUAUACGAUAUGUUGAAGUUUCUAUUGCUAAGAUUUUGGAAAAUAUUAAGUCUGAAAUAAUAUCGCUUAUAGACUUCCGGAAAGAAUACUGUGAUGUGAACUCAGAGCAUAAAGUGCUAUCUUUGUCUGAAUUAACCACUCUGAUACAAAAAGAGGGUGGAGUGUAUUUUGAGGAGUUGGUCAAUGAGAACAGGAAAGGCAUUUUUAAAGUUAGCGCUUUGGCAGAAAGAAAGCUUUUAAAUAGCAAGAACUUAUUAUUAUGGGCUAUGGAUUACAAACCUCAGACAACACAGGAUAGAUUGUUGUAUAGGAUGCACCAUAAUGCGAUCUACACUAAAUAUCCUGUAUCAAAUAAGGAAUGGUUUGAUUGGACAACCAAGUCCAAAAUGUGGUAUAGAAUUCAAACUGAAGAGCCUAGGGGCUCAUUUAAAGUUCCUGAUAGUCCAUCUUCGCCUUCGGACAUUACGUUACCGGAUCAAAUACUGACCACAAUAUACGAUUUUAUAAUGAAGGUAGAACCCAGCAGUGUUGCAAAAGUGAAGAACGCUUUUAAUCCAUUUAAAGGUAUCAGUAUUAGUCUUGGCCAAGUACUAACCAAUAGCUCUGAUUCGAAGUAUAUUUUUCAACCGCAAAUGCAGAAAUUCAGUUCUGACAUCGAAAAACUGCCAUUAUAUCACGGGUUAGAAGAUGAUAACGACCUAUUUGCUGUUGAUCAUCACGAUUACCUUGUUCAGCUUAAGUUUGUUCCAAAGCUAUCAGCCUUUGACUUUAAAUUUAAUAUCCCUCCAAUCGAACUAUGGUUUUCCUUGGAUGAUUUCGAUAAUAUACGGAAAGAAACCAUCCGAUGUGUUUUGCACAAUGAAGAACGUUCGUUCUUGUUACAAACCCCUGAUAUACCGUUCGACUAUAAGAUUACGAUGGACAAGACCUCGGAAUUAAUCCCUCUAGAACAGGCGGACAUACUGCAAUGGAUUAAAACUUACCAGCCAGGCCUAAAUGAUUACUUAGAUAACUUGACGAUAAAAUUUGGUGCUCUUAUGGGCAAGAAACUGGUGCUGCCGCCGGAGAUGUCCAUUAAACUGGAAUUGGAGGAUGGAACUUCGGCUACGGUAGAUUACCAGUUCAUUACAAUGUAUCAUCGCAGGGUGCUAAAUCUAAAAUACAAGGAUAAAUACCUAGUACAUCACAAUACGGUAAAUGGAGGUAAGCUUGGCGGUAGUUACGAGCAGUUAUAUUUUGCUUGUGAAGAGUUGCCUGAAGAAAAUGAUCUGAAGCAGUUUAUUAUAGACGUAAUGGAAGUUUCAUAA